ACAUACUGGUGGUCUGGUACUAAAAGUGCAAGCCUCUGUAACUCAGAGCAGUGUGACACAUGUCAGCUUUGAUGAGGAGUCUGUGAGGCAAAAUAAGAACCCUCUCUACUACUCUUCCUCAUGUGUUUAUCAUGAAUUUUGAAUUUCAAUUUUUGCAGAACUCCUAGAACUUGAAGAUACACAGGACUAUGAAAGAUACCUAAGACUUAAAAAGAUUCAAAGAAACAUACAAUUUUUGUUUGCAACUACUUUUUCCUCUGAAGAAUACCAGUUGGAAUAAAAAAAAGCAGAAUGAAUUAUUGCUUCCUGCUACCUUUAAUGUUGGGAAUUCCUCUCAUAUGGCCUUGCUUUACAGCGUCAGAAAGCUCUAAAACAGAAGUUAAGCACCAAGCGGGUUCUCAUUUAAGAGUGAAGCGUGGUUGGAUGUGGAACCAGUUUUUUGUACCAGAGGAAAUGAAUAAGACUGAUUAUCACAUUGGUCAGCUAAGAUCUGAUCUAGACAAUGGAAACAACUCUUUCCAGUACAAGCUUUUGGGAGCUGGAGCUGGAAGUAUUUUUGUCAUUGAUGAGAGAACAGGUGACAUAUAUGCCAUCCAGAAGCUUGAUAGAGAGGAACGAUCCCUCUACACUCUAAGAGCCCAGGUAAUAGACAGCACUACUGGAAGGGCUGUGGAACCUGAGUCUGAGUUUGUCAUCAGAGUUUCGGAUAUCAAUGACAAUGAACCAAAAUUCCUAGAUGAACCUUAUGAGGCCAUUGUACCAGAGAUGUCUCCAGAAGGAACAUUAGUCAUCCAGGUGACAGCAACUGAUGCUGAUGAUCCCGCCAGUGGUAAUAAUGCUCGUCUCCUGUACAGUUUACUACAAGGCCAACCAUAUUUCUCCAUUGAACCAACAACAGGAGUUAUAAGAAUAUCUUCUAAAAUGGAUAGAGAACUGCAAGAUGAGUAUUGGGUAAUUAUUCAAGCCAAAGAUAUGAUUGGUCUGCCUGGAGCUCUGUCUGGAACAACAAGUGUAUUAAUUAAACUUUCUGAUGUUAACGACAAUAAACCUAUAUUUAAGGAAAGGUUAUACCGUCUAACUGUUUCUGAAUCUGCACCCACUGGGACUUCAAUAGGAAGAAUCAUGGCAUAUGAUAAUGACAUUGGAGAGAAUGCAGAAAUGGAUUACAGCAUUGAAGAUGAUUCACAGACAUUUGACAUAAUAACUAAUAAUGAGACACAAGAAGGAAUAGUUAUAUUAAAAAAGAAAGUGGAUUUUGAGCACCAGAACCACUAUCUUAUCAGAGCAAAUGUUAAAAACCGCCAUGUUGCUGAGCACCUUAUGGAAUACCAUGUUGAAGCUUCCACCACCUUCGUAAGGGUCCAGGUAGAGGAUGAGGAUGAGCCUCCUGUUUUCCUCCUCCCAUAUUACCUAUUUGAAAUCUUGGAAGAAAGCCCACAUGGAUCAUUUGUAGGCAUGGUCUCUGCUACAGAUCCAGAUCAGAGGAAAUCUCCCAUCAGGUAUUCUAUUACCAGAAGCAAAGUGUUCAGUAUUGAUGACAAUGGUACAAUCAUAACAACUAACCCUCUUGAUCGAGAGAUUAGUGCUUGGUACAACCUAAGUAUUACAGCCACAGAAAAAUACAAUGUGCAACAAAUUUCUGCUGUUCCUGUAUAUGUGCAAGUUCUUAACAUUAAUGAUCAUGCUCCUGAGUUCUCUGAAUACUAUGACUCAUAUGUUUGUGAAAAUGCAGGCUCUGGUCAGGUAAUUCAGACCAUCAGUGCAGUGGAUAGAGAUGAAUCUGUAGAAGAUCAUCAUUUUUACUUUAAUUUAUCUGUGGAAGACACAAAGAACUCAAGUUUCAUAAUUAUAGAUAAUGAAGAUAACACAGCUGUAAUUUUGACUAAUAGAACUGGUUUUAGCCUUCAAGAAGAGCCUGUCUUCUACAUAUCUGUCCUAAUUGCGGACAAUGGAAUCCCAUCACUUACAAGCACAAACACCCUUACCAUACACAUUUGUGACUGUGAUGACUAUGGCAGUACACAGACCUGCAGGGACAAGGACCUUUUGCUUUCCAUGGGAUUCAGAACAGAAGUCAUACUUGCAAUUUUGAUAAGCAUUAUGAUAAUAUUUGGGUUUAUUUUUUUGAUCCUGGGUCUGAAACAGCGAAGGAAGCCAACUCUAUUUCCUGAGAAAGGUGAAGAUUUCCGAGAGAAUAUAUUCAGAUACGAUGAUGAAGGAGGAGGAGAAGAAGAUACAGAGGCCUUUGAUAUUGUCCAGCUGAGGAGUAGCACCAUCAUGCGGGAACGCAAGACACGGAAAACUGCUGCAGCAGAGAUCAGGAGCCUGUACAGGCAAUCUUUACAGGUUGGCCCAGACAGUGCCAUCUUCCGGAAAUUCAUUCUAGAGAAGCUGGAAGAAGCUAAUACUGAUCCUUGUGCCCCUCCUUUUGACUCCCUCCAAACCUACGCUUUUGAGGGAACAGGGUCAUUAGCUGGAUCCCUGAGCUCCUUAGGAUCCGCAGUCUCUGAUCAGGAUGAAAAUUAUGAUUACCUUAAUGAAUUGGGACCUCGCUUCAAAAGAUUAGCAUGCAUGUUCGGUUCUGCUAUGCAGUCAAAUAAUUAGGGCUUUUUUAUUAGUAAAAUUUAAAAAAAUGCUAAUAUGUUUGGGCAAACUGGUAGUCUCUUGGUAAAGAGUUGUGUACUCCAGUUCUUGGGGUGGGGGUGAGGUGGAUUAUAGCAUCUUCUGAUUUCCUUGAAGUAAAUGCCCCUUGUUUAUUGCAAGCUACCCACAUGUUGUCCCUGAGCGCAGGCGUGGAAGGAUGCUAACAACCAGCUCUCCUGUGCCAGUGCAGGCCAACUCUGACAUGUAGCAAAUAGUCCUCUAGCACUUUUUUUGCUACCAUUCAAUACAAAUUCUCUGAACUUUUGAAUUUUUCGUGUGAGAAAGGCCCUGAACUAAAUCAACUUAAUAUUAUUUCAUUUAGCCAUUUUUUAAAAAUCUUACAAAGUGAGAGGAAAGUGUUUAUGUGUUUUAAGUUCCUGAUUCUAUAUGGAGAUACACAUCUAGGAAAAUCUGGGUGAUUCUAUAAAACUUUUAAAAGCUGUUUUUUUAUGAAUAAGCAAGUUUCUGAUUCAGAUUCUAUGAUUCAUAGUCGUUUGAUAUUUUAAAAUCAUUGUCAAGACCAUACUUGAAAACUGAUUUCAAAUUUAGAUACAUACUUGGUAUGUGUUAAUUAAUCAAAGAUACAGUGUAGAUUUGUAUUGUCUUUGAUCUUACAGAUUUGUAUAAAAAGGGAGUAUGAAAAUAUGUCUGGGAGUGUUUUAUGUUAUUUUUUUAUGUAACCAGAGUAUAUCUUCAUCAUUACAAUGCAAUAGCGAAAUACGUGUCAAGGUUUACUCGACAUUAAAUUUAAACUUUAUGAUAAUCAUGGAAAGCAUGAAAAAUUUUAAGUAAAUUUUUAUUGCCACUAAAAAUGAUAGCAAUAAAUGAAAUAAGUAUUUGAUUCAAAGUUGAAUUAAUAUUCAUCCAAAAUAUUAUGAUCAACCAUACUGAUUCUUACCACACAUAGAAUAAAACAUAAAAUUCUCAGCAUUUGUAUUUUAUUAAGAGCUUAGACUAUAACUGAUUCUUUACUGUCAUUUUUUUUUAUGAUGGGUUAUAAAAUUAGGUGCAAUAGUUCCUUUUAUUGUAGCAUUAUGAAGGAAGUAUGCUAAGCUCCUGGACAUGGUAAAAUCCAUGAUAACAUCCACAUAACAAGCUUUAUGAUAACAUCAGAUAAUAAGAUAAUAAAACACUUUAAUUUUAAUCAACAUCUUAAGAAUGAUCUUUAUUAUUCUAUCCAAAUCAAAAAGGAAUUCAAAAUUCAUAGGUUGAAUGGAAAGAAAAUGGUGAAUACAAUGUUCUCAGAAUUGUUUUAUAUGUUCAUUUCUUAUUAGCAGCAUGUGAAAAUGAGCUGAACCAAAUUGAUCGUAUAGGCUUAGAUAAAAUAUUUUUAAUAAUUUUUAUUUGAAUAGCUACAGCAUUUUUUCCCCUCUGUACUUUGAAACAUAAAUACCACAUGUAAUAGAAGAGAGGCUUUCCAUCAAUAUCAAUUCAGGUACCAUUUUGUUGGCAACAUAGGUAUCAUCACUUCACAACAGCCCAAGACUAGAAAUACAACGAUUUAGGAGGCUAUUAAAAGUUGAUGAGAAGUCAUAAGCUGUAGAAAAUCCUAUGCAUUCAUACCAUCAUUUACUUAGGGAAGAGUAAGAAUACUAAACCAAACAAAUUGUUAAAAGAGAAACACUUGACAAUAAAAUAAAAAAUGUAUGAAUUGAGAGAAUAUCUAUCACAUCGACAUAAAAUUGAGAGUAUAAUUAGAUAUAUUUCAGGAAUUAUUCCAUAAAGGUUUAUUCCCUGUAUUUAAAAGAUAGUGCUGUGAAAUCUUGGUUGAAGAAUUGGAAAGUAUGAUAAACAACAGAUAAAUCAAUCCAUGGAAAAUAAAUGAAAAAAACAGAAAUAGGGUCUUCUGAGGACCUAGUAGGUUCUGUCAUGAAUGAAAGCCUAUGAACAACUUAUCAAUUUGGAUAGACACUUUAAAAAAUGCACAUCUGCAUCAGUGGGGUUUCAGGUUGGAGUCCAGUGACACUAAGCAGAUGUGUUAAAUUCUGAUAGGAUUGUUAAUCAUAGGUACAUAGGAAAAGAACAUAGUGGUUGCAUAUCUAUUUGCUAGUCUAAAAAGUGUCCUUUUAAACUAUAUAAAAAAUAGUAUCUGAGUUUUGUAUAGAAGAUGCAAUUUCAUAAAAAUCAUACUUGGUUAUAUUUCAAUAACAUUUGACCUUUUUGUAGUCGCUUGGGUGUUACAAGAAUGCAGCUAUAUCCUAAGCUAAAAGCAUGACAUUAAGAUCUCAUUUUUGUCAAUUUUAAUAAAGGCUAAAUCAAUGCAGAUAUUUAUGAAAAUAGCACAGCUUCAUAUUAACACCUGCAGUGCUUAAAUAUUACCCUUAGUUAAUUCGCAGGUUUGUGUGUAAGUCUGGGAUUACUAAUGGUUGAAAUAAGAAAAUACUUCAAGUCCUUUAGAGGGAUCAGAAACUGCUAGUGAUAAUAGGUGUUCAUCAAGCACCUGUGCUUGAGCCUACCAGCCCUGAGUGUGAAUUAGUGCACUAUUGUUCGAGUACCUGUGUGAACUCUGUCAAACUGUCUACUCUUUGUAGAUCUGAGUUUCUAAUCUGUAAGACAAGGUCCAGGGUACCUAAUUCACAUGGUUGCAGUGAUGAAUUAGUCAAACAAGAAGCACAAGCAGUGCCUGAUUCAAUAAAGAAUUACAUGACGAUGGCUGAUGUUAUUCCGCUGGAACAUGCAGACUCCUUUUCCUUCUAGUCCCAAGUGAUCUCCACGGCUUCACAGCAUGUUUGUCAUGCAAAUCAACUUUCUGACCUGACAUAGAAGGCCAUGUAGUAAUCUGCCUUGCUCAUUUCUGCAUUCUUAACUCUUCCAGCCUCAUGUUCCAAGCCGGAAACAAUCUGCCCCCAAACAUUUCUCUUUUUCAUUCCCUCACUUCAUUCAUGUCUGCGAUCAACUGUGAUUUCCUCAAGAAGGCCUAUCUGAUCACUGUCUUACACUGUGGCCCUAGCUCUGCCUGGCUUGUAUUCAAAUCCCUUAGCCACCUGGCAUUACAACGUAUAUGUGCUUUUUUUUUUUUUUUUUUGUGCAUCUUUAUCACUUAUUAGAAUGUAAACCCCAAUGGGCAAGGAAUCAUCUCUCUUGUUCACUUGUUCUUGUCUAAGAUUGUUUGUACCACAUUAAGUGGACCAAUAAAUAUUCCUUAAUGUAACAAUGAA